AUUAAUGAAAACACUCUCUGAAAACAAUACGUUUAUUCAACAUAUCAAAUAAAAACAAGAUGAAUUCAAAGUAAAUAUUACAUUAUAUUCAAGAAAACUCUUUAAUUUCAAUCAAAAAAAGAUCCACCCCUUCUUUAACAAUAGAAUUUCAAUUCCUUUACUUCUCCUAAUUAAAGACGAGAAUAGACUCCUAAUCAAAGAAAAGCCAAAAUAGAAAGUACUCCACCAUUCUAUCUAGGUGAAAACUCAUGUUCACCUACUCUCUUUCGUACUCCAUAAAUUAGUUUGCAUUAUGAAUACAAUAAAAAAGGACAUUAAAGAUAACCUAGUAAUAAUAGAAGUCGAAAUGAAAAUCUAUCCACUUUCAAAGAAAGAAGAGAUCAUAAUCCUGAUUCUGUUACUAGAGAUUAUUCCAGAGUCUUAGAAGAAGUUAUGAAAAAAUAUAGAUUACUCAAAACUGAAUUACUUAACAAAGAUAAAGAAGUUUAAAAAACACUUUAUUAUAAAGAACAAUGGCUUAAAGAAAAAGUAUUUAACUUAUUCUAUCUAGAAACGUAAUCAACUACUUAAUGAAAGAAAUAAAUAUUUGAAAAUCAAAUUGCUCAAAAUUAUUGAACUUGUUUAAUAAGAUUAAUUAUAAUCUAAUGAUGAUUCUGAGGUAAUCAUAUCUUUAUAUCGUGAUAGUUAAUAGGGUAUCAUAGCUACUCUCUAAACUGAAAAUAAAUAUUUACGUUAAAUGUUACAUCUUUAUGAUGUCACUGAUGUCUCAGAAUAACUCUAAUAACUAGAAAGUGAAUAAGAUCAUGAAGUUGAUUAUAUUGAUAAUAUACUCAAUGUAUUUCUAGGUGAUCUAAGAACCAUUCAAAAAAACACUAAAGAAAAAAAAAACAAUUAAUCAUUAUGUAUUAUAUCAAAUCAUUCCUUUAGCAUAAUUCAAUUCCCUAUCCUUGACAGUUCUUAACAAAGAAUCCAAUUUUGUUGAUUUAAUUGAGGAUAAAUUUUUAAUGGAAUAAUAAUGAAAAACAUUUAUAUA